AAAAGGAUAUUUUAUUAAAGUUGACUGUAUAUGUGAGCGAGUGCCUAAUAAUAAUAAUGGCUUUGAUCUCGACUACGAGCGUGUUCAAUCUUGCGAGUUUUCAGCUCAAACAAACUGAAAUUCCUUUUUCAACUUUCAGCGUCAUUCGCAAGCGUUUCGGAGAUUGUUCUAACCGCAAUGCGGUGCUUCUAACAAGCAGAAAAAAUGCACCGAUUCUUCCCAAAGUCAGAGCUCAGAGUCAGAAUCUUCCUGAGUAUGUUCCGGAUUCCAAGUUUUACAAAAUUGAAGCGAUUCUCAGGCCAUGGAGAAUUCCUCAUGUUUCUUCGGCUUUGUUGAAAAUGGGAGUUCGUGGUGUCACUGUAUCUGAUGUCAAGGGGUUUGGUGCUCAGGGUGGUUCGAAAGAGAGGCAGGGAGGUUCUGAAUUUUCUGAAGACAGUUUUGUUGCCAAAGUUAAAAUGGAAAUAGUAGUGAGGAAAGACCAGGUUGAGGUGGUACUCCAGAGAAUUUUGGAGUCAGCAAGGACUGGGGAGAUUGGUGAUGGCAAAAUUUUCUUGAUACCUGUAUCUGAUGUAAUAAGAGUUCGCACAGGUGAGCGUGCGGAAAAGGCUGAGAGAAUGGCUGGUGGGAUGACUGAUAUAUCAUCUGUUUGAGCUGAGAGAUUAGCAUUUGCAAUCUGGUCCCUGGUCCUCAUACCAUUUUAUUUCUUCCUAGUGAAUUGAUUACUGUGAUGUUUGUUGUGUAUAUGUUGCGCUUUUGCUGUUAGAAACUUUAGAUAUCUGCAACAUAUAUGCACAGACAAUGUAUUUCACACAUGCUGAGUUGCUGAUAGUUAAUAAGAUUUUGUUAUAGUUUUAGGAUGAGUCAUCCUAGCUAUUAGUUAGAUCAGAAAUAAAAUGAUUACUAAGUGGAUCACUUGUACUACACCUCAUUGCCCUUAAAACAUCCACACCAGAAUUAUUUUCCUAGUUUGAAGUAUCAACUGGUUCCAUACUAUUCCUUGCUCAGAUUAAACUCUCCACCCAGGAGACUGAUGUAGCAGUCCCCACAAGAAUCUUAAUUAUGAAAAGUGUUGAAACAAAUAAAAUGAGAACAAUAUAUGAAGUAUGCGUGGAUAUGAAUUGAAAUAAUUUCAUUGAGCUAACUUUUUCUUUUUAAAAG